AUGGCAACAAUUCGUGUGGCGAUAUUUGCACUUAUUUUCCAAAUCGUGGUUAAAACUGAAGGUAUGGGGCCCUAUCCAUUAAGCAUUAAACCAGUGCUUGUCAGUCAACAACCGGAAGCCUUUAUUGUGACAAGUAAUGUGGACUUUGAUUCCGAACAUUACUUACAUCCGUUAGAUUUUAGAGUCCCGUUGGGCCAGAUAAUUUAUCAAGAAUUUGAUGAUGAAAGCACAAGUUAUGAUGAUGAGGAUUAUUAUGAUGAAGAUUGUGACGAUGGCGACGAUGACGAGACAAGUAUUAUUAACUCCCCUCACAGUUUUUAUCCCUUACCAUAUUUAGCUACUCUUGAACAAAAACCACAAUGGCUUGAAGUGGUAGAAGCACUGCCUGUUCCUCCACCUCACCUUCUCAGUAUAAUGUGGACUGACACCACGCCAGAAAAAUUAUCACAGGCAGUCGUGGAUUGCUUGAAAAAUGAAAAUAUUAAGGACAAAAACAAAUUAGCCGACGCUUUAAAGCAACUUAGUAUUUUGUUGAAGGAAAAACUAGCAGAAAGUAGGACUCUAAGUGACGAUGAAUUAAAUAAAAAUACGGACAAAAUCACUAAUAUAAAAACUACACAAACUCCGAUUUUACACUCUUUAAAAGGGGAUGAAGAGAAUGAUAUUUUUAUUAAUAUUGCUAGGAAUGGUGAGGAUACAUCUAUGACGAAAACAGAGUUACCGGUUCUUGAGUAUACAACAAACCCAAGGGUAAAAGAUAAAAUUAUGAGCAGAGAUAAUAUGGAGCCCAUACAUGACUCCUUAAAAAUAAAAGAUACUCCACUAGUGCAAUCCAGUCACCGAGUAUUAGAUACAUCCACUGCGGCCAGUGAGCAGAAGAGUAAGAUAAAAAAAACAGUAAAUCGGCGAAGAAGGAAAAAGAUGAAAGGCGUGAAACGGCUUAACGGCCUGUCUAAACCAGUGUCAACUUCCCCAACACCAGUUUCUCAAAGUACAACAACAUAUCCGCUCCAGGGCCAAACCCAUGAAAACAGAAUAAACAACGAGGACAUCGAAUUCACUGAACCAGUGUAUUCCCGAUUUUCAUAUCAACGGAGGAGUUCCAAGAAUAAAAUAUCAAAAUUUCAUAUGUUAAGCGUUAAAAAUCCUGGCACAUCAAAAUCGCAGCCUCUAAUGCAAGACAUUGAAAGCAAUUAA